AUGGCACCGAGCAAGGCCGUGCCGCAUCCUUCUCAGCAUGACCUCCUUCGAGCUUACGCGCGGCUGUGGGCGGUCACUGAGUUUGUCAUCAUCUACGGCGACAUGUUCCUCGUGCCGGGCUGCGAAAGCUUCUUCCCUUCUGAGUGCGUCGAAACGCCCGUCUGGUUCUGGGCGCAGUGCGCUCUCUGGCUCGCCAUCCUGGCAGUGCCGUCUCGGCUCCUCGUCAGCCUCUCCAUGCUUGUGCGCGUGUCCAUGUUCGUGGUCCAGUCGCCCAUGAUCUGGGAGAGUUGCCACUGGGCGAACGCACUCGAGCUCGCAUGCGUGGUCACGCUGCUGCUGUGUCCCGCCACCGCCGUCGUUGACCAGACGAAGGACCUCAUGCGCACCAUGAUCAGCCUCUUCUACAUCGGAGCCGGCUUCUGGAAGAUGAACACCAGCUUCCUCGACCCGACCGUCUCGUGCGGCACCAUUUACGUCGCGUCGCUACUGGCCACUUUCGCGCCGGAGGGCCUACUCCCGCCGUGGCUGGUGACCGCAGCUCUCGGGAGUGCUCCGUGGAUGACGAUCAUCGGAGAGAUGAGCAUCGGCGUCCUCCUCCUCCUGCCCAGCCGGCCCAUGCGCCGCGCCGGCUUCGUGCUAUCCAACAUGCUCCACUACGCGAUCUGCAUCACUCCGCACCCGAACGCGGUGCCGCUCUUCGGUGUGUUUUGCUACACCCGUCUCUUCUUUGUCAUGCCCGAGGCGUGGACGGUGGCCCUGGCCGAGGCCGUGAGCGCGCCGAGGACCUCGAGCGGCCUCGCGUUCCGGGUCGCCUCCGUCGCCCUCGCGGCCUGGUCCGCCUCGCUCACCUCCGACCCGGGCCUCGUGAUCAACUGGGGCAUCCCCGCCCAGACCAUCCUCUGCCUCAUCGGCGCGAGAGUCGUGCUGCUCGACAUGCGGCACGCGGCCGCGUGGGCGGAGGCGGGGCCCAUCGGCCUGGGCGCCGUCGGCGGGCUCGCCAGCAGCAUCCUACGCGCGAACGGCGCAUUUUGGGUGCUGGCGGUCCUCUUCUACGUGUUUGGCGCGCAGACGCUCGGACUUAUGGACAUCUCUGCGACGAGCCCCUUCUCGCACAUCCGCGAGCACGGCGGCUCUAACCACCUUCUCAUGCCAACCUCGCUGCUGCAGCAGUGGGAGUGGAGCCGCGGCACGGACGGGUUUGGCGGCGGCGUCGUCCGCGUCACGAGCUGCUCGAGCGACUACCUCAACGCGAUCUACCCGUGCAACGUGACGGACGAGCUGCGGCCCGGCAUCCGGGACAUGCUCCACUCGUUUGGGCACAUCGGCCACGAGUACCACCCGACCGUGAUGCGCAUGUUUGGCUCGCACAGGAUCCGGAGGCACGUGCCGCACUGGACGGCGGCCGCAGGGUUGCCCUUCCCGGUGUACACCGUCCCCGGCCUCGAGCUGCGGCGCAUGCUCGCAGAGGCGCGCGCCGCCAACGAGUCCUUCGUCCUCGAGUACGACACGCUGCCCGGCGUCGUCGGCGACGAGAAGUGGAGGCACACCGCCGUGCAGUCCAAGGUGCGCCUCGAGGAGGACGGCGCGGGCGGGAUCAACUGCCGCGUCCUCCGCCGCCCGCUCGACGAGGCCGAAGAGUGGGCGCCGUGCGGCGAAGACGAGCUCCCACUGCAGCCCGCCCCCACGGGCCUCCUGAUGAAGUUCUUGGUCUGGGACCGCGUGGGGUGGGCGGCGAGCCGCGCAUCGGCCGACAAUGUGCCGGUGUACGCGUUUCGGUGA